GGUAAGAUCCCACUAUUUAAUUCUUUGCAACAAACGUCGGAAAUCUUGAAACAAACUGACUCCAUUUUUUCCGACAACCAAAAUACCCAACCUUAAAAUCUUGCUUUUUGAUUCUUGAAUCACUCCAAUCUCUUAGUUUCCAAGUUUUCAUAGUUCUUUCUUCAAAGCCUACCUUGAUUACCUAAGAUUCGACUAUGGAAACUGAUUUUAACAUGAAGAAAAUUAUUUUGAAGAGAAAGAUUUCACCUAAAAAGACGAAGAAUAUUACUGUUGAUAACAGGCUUUUGAUCACUGUGAAUGUUGUUGGGAGUUCUGGGCCAUUGAGACUUGUGGUGAAUAAAAAUGAUAAAGUGUCGACUGUUAUAGACUCGUCGUUGAAGUUGUAUGCUCGUGGUGGGCGCCUUCCUGUUCUUGGGUCAGAUUUCAAGAAUUUUAUGCUUUAUGCAUUGAUCGAAGGAUCAGCAUUGGAUCCUAGUCAAGAAAUUGGGUCUUAUAAAGGGAGAAAUUUCGCGUUAUGUAAAAAGAAGAACAAGCAAGUUAACGAAGCAAGGUCACUGAUGAUUAAUCGAAAACACAGUGGACGUUGGAAGGGAUGGCUUUUAUGUUUAGCCCAAUAAUCAUACGAAUGGUUUUGUUUAAGUUAAGACGUUCUAAAUUCAUUCUUGUGUUUUAUUAUCGUAUUGUCGGGUUGUUCUAGAUUUAGAACGUUUAUAUGUGCAUCUAAUCACAUGUUUUCAUUGUAACAUCGAUCGCUCGUUGUAAAAGUACAUAGUUAGAGACUGUGUAUCCGCAGAUGUUCAUAUGCAUCUGUGGUUUUCUAUUUUGUUUUGAUUUAAAAAGAUAUUAUAUAUAUAAAUAAUAUUAGAUCGUACUAAGUUAGUACUGCAAAUGGUGCACGGCUAGAGCCGGUCGGACGUUGUGGUUAUCCAGCUGGCCUAUGCGUGGGAAUUGGUGGUUCGUAGAUGACAACCUUGCGCUAAACAGGCGGGUUGGUUCUUAUUGUUUAAUUAAUAGAUGUGUACGUUAAAAUUUUCAGUCUAAAAUUUUAAGUGACAUAAAUAUUUCUUU